UAUGAGUGUGCUUGCAUCGUUUGUACUGAUAUCAGUACCUACCAUUCAGAGUUAACGAUACCUGCAAGCAACAUCUCAAAGACCAGCUCGUAAAUAAUUUAUAAAACAUAGCAAAUAAAAAUAUUUAUUCUCAAAAAUAAUAAGACGCAUUUGAAUAAAAAAAAAAAAAAAAACAGAAAGAUUUUUAAAAAAAAAUAGUGUCAAAGUGAUUCUCUAUAAAAUCCAUGACUCCCCCAAUAAAACCCGAAGCUGAUAGGCCGAUUUACAUCGACAAUACACCACCAUGGCUUAGACAAGAGGAUUUAAAAGAUAUCUGUUCUACUUUUGAUGAAAUUGAAAAAGGUGGAUCACCCGAUGGAAUAGUUGAUUUUGAACAGGCAAUAACUUUAGCUGGUUACGGAAAAUUUAAUUAUUUAUUAUUACUUGCGAUAUUGCCAGCAGCUUGGGCGUGUAUUUUUGAUUCAAGUUCAAUGCCUUAUGCAUUGCCAUCAGCAGAAUGUGAUCUUAAUCUUACGCUCUUUGAUAAGGGUCUGCUCAACUCUAUGCCAUUUGCAGGUAUGAUAGUAACGUCCUUCAUAUGGGGUUUUUUAACAGACACAUACGGACGUAAAAAUAUCCUUGCAUGGGGCUACUUGAUGACGUUUAUUGUGAGCUUCUCAAGUUCAUUUGCUCAUACAUCCUGGCUAUUGAUUUUAUUCAAGUUCCUUGGCGGCAUUGUGAUAUCCGGGCCUUUUGCUGCAUUGAUGUCUUAUCUUGCUGAAGUACAUGGUGAGAAAGAACGUACGCGGAUUUACAUGUGGCUCGGGGUUUUCUUUUCACUUGGAAAUAUAUCGAUGCCAUGUCUUGCAUGGCUUAUACUGCCACAGGAAUUAAACAUCAACAUAUUUGAUUCGACAUUUAAUUUGACACCAUGGCGAGUAUUUUUAAUAGUCUGUUCAAUUCCCGAAUUAGCGGCAUUUAUUGCGCUGUCCUGGUUCCCAGAAAGCCCGCGAUUUUUAUUGUCGAAAGGACGCGAUGACGAAGCACUGGAUGUGUUACGUCACAUCUAUCACCUCAACACCGGCAACGAUCCAAAGACGUUCUCGGUAACGAGAAUAAAGGAUGAAGAUUUUGUUAAAAAUAAUGGUAAGACAUUGAGAGAGUGCUUGUACAAUGGUUGGGAACAAAUGAAACCACUUUUUAAAGCACCUCAUAUUUAUAAAUUAAUACUCAUUGGAUCAAUACAGUAUUGCGGAACAAUUGGAUCAAGUACAAUAAGACUAUGGAUGCCGCAAUUAUUUGCAAUGAUUGAAACCUAUGAAUCAACGCAUACUCAAGAUACCUCGAAACCGUCGCUUUGUGACAUGUUGCAACAGACUAGUAAUAGUAAUAAUAGUUAUAAAAAUGUUAAUGAUUAUUACAAUGAUACGAUGACAAUUGAAAAAGUCUGUGCACCAGUCGUUCUUAAUUCGACGGUAUAUUUAAAUUCGAUUGUUAUCGCACUUACUGGAGUUAUUGGAUACACGUUAGCGGGGUCGCUGAUUAAUUGCGCUGGGACUAAGAAACUUAUGGUAUUUUGUUUCUUAACUGCGGGUUCGUGCUGCGGUACAUUAUAUUGGGCUGAAGAUUCCAGUGGAAUUUUAGGAAUUUCUUCAGUAUUUGUCGCACUUUCAAGUGUCGGAGGUGCUGCUGUUAAUAAUGUUAUUGUUGAUAAUUUUCCUACACUAUUAAGAGCAAUGGCAAUUUCAACAACAAUGAUGCUCGGAAGGGUAGGAGCCGUAACUGGUAAUGUUUUGUUUCCAGUAUUGUUUAAUUUAAGCUGCUUAGGGCCAUUUAUUAUGAUCGGUAUCGCCUGCAUCGUGUGUUCGAUACUAGUCUUAUUCGUGCCGUCAAAAUCAUCAGACUUAAAAAAGUCAAUAAAACUAAACGGCAAAUAAUUAAUUAAUAAUUAUUAUUAAUUAAGUUAAGUAUUUUUUUUUUGAUCCUUUGUAAUUACUCGCAACGUACGCAUUUGUAUAAAUAAUCCAUAACGUAAUAACGUAUUAGAUAUUAAUAAUAAUAUUAAUUUAAUUAAUUAUUUAAUUUUUGUUAUAAUAUAGAUAUUAUUAAUAUAAUAAUAACAAUAAUUACCAGUGAUAAGGUGCUCAUGUAUAAAUUUUAUAC